AUUCUAUUGGGACCUCACCAUGUUGCUCCUCAUGGUUGGAAAUCUGAUCAUCAUCCCAGUAGGCAUCACCUUCUUCAAGGAUGAGAACACCACCCCAUGGAUUGUCUUCAACGUGGUCUCAGACACCUUCUUCCUCAUUGACUUGGUCCUCAAUUUCCGCACGGGGAUUGUGGUGGAGGACAACACGGAGAUCAUCCUUGACCCCCAGAGGAUUAAGAUGAAGUAUCUCAAAAGCUGGUUUGUGGUGGAUUUUAUCUCAUCCAUCCCAGUAGACUACAUUUUCCUGAUUGUGGAGACCCGCAUCGAUUCAGAGGUAUAUAAGACAGCCCGAGCUCUGCGGAUUGUCCGUUUUACCAAAAUCCUCAGCCUCUUGAGACUCCUGAGACUGUCUAGGCUCAUACGGUAUAUUCAUCAAUGGGAAGAG